AUGUCUUUAGAAAACGCGAAAGUCGAGGAAAUAUCAUUGGUAAUUCAUAAAGCGAAACAAAAAGCUAUAUCUGAUACGAAAGAGCAAAAUGAUGUUGUUAGUGAUGUUAAUAGGAUUGGAGACAAUGCUAAAAGAAAAAAGCGACGAAGACAACCACGAAUCAUCUCAAUAGCAAAUCAGCAAAAUAUUCUCACUGCCACCCCAAUAGUAAAUCAGCAAAAUAUUCUCACCACCACCCCAAUAGUAAAUCAGCAAAAUGUUCUCGCCAUAGACUGCGAGAUGGUCGGUAUUGGCAUAAACGGGAGAAAAUCGGCACUUGCGCGUGUGAGUAUUGUUGAUUUUGAGGGGAACGUGGUGAUGGAUACGUUCGUGAAGCCGGAUCAAGUCGUGACAGAUUAUCGUACUUUUGUUAGCGGGGUCACAAAAGAGAGCCUUGUUGAUGCUCGCGACUUUAAAUCUGUUCAGAACGAAGUCAAAGAUAUUUUAUAUGGAAAAUUUGUAAUUGGACAUUCAGUUUUUUUCGAUUUUCAGGCUCUAAAAUUCACUCAUCCCCGCCGUCUCACACGUGACACGUCCCUCUAUGAAGGUUUCAUAAAUCGCUGUCCACUCCCACAUCGAACUCCAUCACUGAAACUACUAGCUGCGAUAAUCCUCAACGAGAGAAUCCAAGAUGGGGAACACGAUUCAAUUGAGGACGCAAAAACUGCGAUGAAAUUGUAUCGUAAUGUGCAACAAGAGUGGGAGGAAUGGAUAAAUGUGCAUGGAGUUAAUGCUGCUUAUAAGAAUAGACGUAUUGGAUGUUUUCGGUGUGGGUCGUUGGAACAUGUGGUUAAAGAGUGUCCUGUCAUUGUGAGGCAGCAACAGAAAAAGAGUAGUAAGGAAAAGAUAGCAAGAUUGGUAAAGAGUGUGUGUAUAUAA